AUGUUCAAGGGCGGGCAGAAGAAGGACAAUGCCCUGGAUCUCAGCAAGCUGGUGGACAAGACUGUCCGUGUAAAGCUCGCUGGGGGACGUGAAGUGGAAGGAGUACUCAAAGGGUUCGACCAGCUGCUGAAUUUGGUGCUCGAUGAAUCCACUGAGUUCCUGCGAGAUGCUGAAGACCCACUGCGCGUAACAGACGAGACACGGACACUGGGCCUGGUGGUGUGUCGUGGGACGAGUGUGACGCUGGUGGCGCCAACUGCCGGCACCGAGGAGAUCGCCAACCCCUUCAUCCAGCCAGAGGAGGAGGCAUGA